AAUAAAAGGAAUCUAAAAUUAAUUUCUGGCCUGUUUUGUUUUAUUUGAAAACUCCCUUUUUUCUCUUUUCUUUUGGACUUUUAAAAAGAUUUUUAUGUUUUUAAAGUGCAAAGAAUGUCUUUGAGAUCGAAGACGGUGUGCGAGAUAUGUGGCGAAUCUUUUUUGACCGAAAAUAAAUUGUCGAAUCAUAUAACAGAACGACAUGUACAUUCGUCCACAAGUCCAUCGCCAAUCGUAGGUUCAUCGUCUAAACGACGAAAAUUGGAUUCGGACUCCGAUGUAAGGUGUCCACUAUGCGAUUAUGUGGACCUGGACACUGAUCGUCUACAACAGCAUGUCAAUCGUAUGCAUUUUGAUCCAGGUAGUCCUCGGCGACCUGGUACUGUAGACUUUCCUUGCCCAAUAUGCCCAUUGGCUUUCGACCAUUGUGAUAAUCUUGAAACUCAUAUUAACGAAGAACAUCAUGAUAUUGUUAGCCCACAAGCGGUAAUAUAGUUUAAAUAAUUUUGGUACACUAUUUUGGAUUGAUUUUAUUUUUAUGUAUAGGACUCAGAUAGUCAAAGAAUACCGUUGUUGGAAAAUAUUAACGAAGGUUGUGUGAUAUGUGGAAUGAAAAAUUUUGAUAGCUUAAGAGAUUUGGACGCACACAUUGAACAACAUUACCGAGGUACAAUUUAUUACUAUCAUAAUUUUACAUAAUAUCUAAGUAAAAGAAACAUUUUUGUUUGGUAUUUAUGUAUUUAAUGUUUCUACUUAAUAUAUAAUUAAUAUUAUUACUUAUAAACAAAUUUCAGAACUAUUUAUAAGUAGAAUACACCUUUGUAGUUCAUUAUUAAAUUUCACCUGGGAUUUUACAUUUUUAUUUUAUUUAUAGUUAAAUGAUUAUUUUAUUUUUAUUAUUUAAGAUUCAAAGGGAUUGGAAGCAGUGAUUUUCAUAACUUAGGAAUUUAGGCGUGUUCUAUUUUUACUGUACUGAUUUGUUUAGUAAAGCUAUAUAAAAAUUCUGAAAACAAAUUUGAAUUUGUCUUCAAAUCUAUUUGCAACUGAAUUUCCCAACUUUUUGAUUUUAUCCUCCUAAAUCCUAAAAAAAAUAAUAAUUAAAAAAAUUAAAAUCAAAAAAGUGGUAAGUCGAUUUCAAGUAGACUUGAAGAAAAAUUAAAAUCUGUUUUCAGAACCUUCACUAGGCCAAUUAAUAUGUUGGAAAUAAAACACGUUUAUAGGGUAGCAAUGUGUAAACUGAUCCCCCAUUGCUGUCGGUUAAUUGGAAAAAAAAAAUAGAACAUGUCUAAAUUCCUAUGUUGCGAGUAUGUAAGACAAAGAUAGAAAACCACCACUUCUAAUUUAUUUAAGAUCACAAAUAUUAGAUAUUUUAUACAAAGUGAUUUUUUUAUCAUGAACCAACAAUUAUUAAUGAAUAACAAUUAUCACUGAAGUUUUUAUGUGAAUUUGAUUAAUUAAUUAAUUGUUUCUAUUUUUUGGAUCAUUGUAAAAUUGUUUUAACUUUAUUUUAAAACCAUUUUUAAUUAUUUAUCCUUACUCCAUGUACCUUAAAAUAUUAAAUAAGUGUUCUUUUUUAUCUUUUUUAAAAAAAAGUAUAUAUUUAUUUUCAGGUAUAUGGGAGUAGAAUUAAAAAUUAAAAAAUAUUUUUAAAAUAAUGCUUUACCGAUUCCUCAAUGUAGAAAAAAAAACAGGAAUCAAAUUUACUUAAAAUUCUUUGAGAAAAUGAUGGUCCACGAUAAAAAAAAUUCUGUAUAUAAAUUAAUGUAUGUGUAUUUGUUCUUUAUGAAUUACUACACUAUUCAUUUGAUUAUUAUGAAAUUUUGGGAAGUUGUUGGGUACACUCCUGUAAAGGUUUCAACCAUAAAUAUAAAAAAAAAAAUUUUUAUUAUCGCUAGUGUUGCAAAAUAAAGUAAUUUCUGAUUAAAUUUAAAAACAACAUAUAUACUGCAUGAUUCAAUAAUGAUUCAUAGUCACAAUAUUAAGAUAGUAAUAUAAUAUAUUACAAUUGAUACGAUACAAGAAAUAUUAUGUUAUAUAAAAUAAUAUGUAUGUAUAACUUUCAUUUGGUGUAAAAAUUUGGUGACCCCCUGUUUGAAUUUCGUGAUCCCUAGGUUGCACAUCACUGGUAUAAACUACAAGUAAUUUUUAUUUGAGUCUAGGAAUUGAAACUAAUAAAUAAAUGAGGUCUAGAAAAAAUAAUACAGAUUGACUAUUUAUUACUAAAAUACAUUACAAAAGUUACAAUAUUAAAUAGAAUUAACCUAGAAUUUAGAUUAUACAUUUUUGUAAUAUCAAUAAUUACAAAAAUAAUUUCAAUUAAAAUUAUCUUUUAAUGUAAGAUAUUAUGUUGAUGGUCCAGUUUUCUGCCAGUUGUCAACUGUUAGUUUAAACUGUUGAAAUGAAUAUGUAGUCAUGUAGGCUAGGGUGUUAUAUAAACUGAUUAUAUUCAACUAAUAGGUAUUAACAACAUAUUACUUUUUUUUAUAUAUUUUUAUUUGACAUAAACAAUCCAUAUAAAUUAGCACAAUAAGUUUAUAUAAUAAAUAUAUUAUGAUAUGUAUUUUUUUUUAAUAAGAAAACAUUAGAUAUUAUUUUACAAGAAGUCUCGACGCCACUUUUUAAUCUGUGAUUAGAAUUCUCAGAAAGUGUAUAUGUGCUUCCUCCUUUACUAUUCGCAUAUGAAGGUUAUUAUAGAAAGUCAAAUUAGAUAUAUAUGGCAGAGCAUUGGAAAGCCUUUGGAAAUAUAUAUUUUAGAAUGCUUAUAUCUUAUUAGUGUUCGAUUUUUUUGCAGCACUCACAAGUCCAAAUGUCCAUAUCGGUUGAGUAGAGAUUUAUAAAUUAAGAGUUCGGUAAUAAGGAUAGAGCAUUUAUUUCUAAUUUAGAGGUCUAAGCUUUAGAAAAAAAUCUCUUUUUCCAAAACAUAAGUUUCAAAAGAUAUUAACAUAACUUUCAAAGCUAUACAAAUAAGAAUUAAAAACCCAAUUAAUGUUAAUCCUCAACAAAUAUAUAAGUCCCCACUAAUAACUAACUAUCAAAGGUUUUAAAUAUUUUUAAUAAAUUGAAACAAUUAGUAACGUGUAAAGAACCAGUAGGAAAUGAACAACAAAUUCAAAGUUUUAUUAAAUGACAAGAUGAGAAUCUUAACAACAAAUGAAAGCCAAUUCAGAAGUACAAUACAAAUAUUAGAAGAAAAUAAUGUUGAAUAUUAUUGGUACCAAUUAAGAAGUGAAAAACCAUUUCAAGGUAUAAAUCACGAUUUAAAUAUGGAAAUAAUAACUAAGUGAUAAACUGUACGACCAAGGCCACAAAGUAAUCAAAAUAACCAAUAUACACAUUAAAAAAAAUCUGAUCCUAAAAACAAAAAUAGCGAGUGAUCAUACAUAAGCCUACCAUUAUUUUUGUAGAUUGAAACCCACGGGAAAACAAUAAAGAUAUGUACACCAGGUAUGCACCUUGACUCUUGACUCAACUGGAAACACCAUGUUUACCAGAAAAAACUACAAAUUAAAAAGAGAAUGUGACAACUAUAUUAGUUGGUCGGAAGACAUUCUGAACUAGACUUUACAAGUAAACGUUCAUUGUACGUAAUGGUAGGUAAACCAAUAUGGACUUACAACUUAAUAUGAAAUACAACUGUGAGGUUGUGCUAGCAAGUCUAACAUUGUAAAUAUUUAACGCUGUCAAAAUAUUGCUCUCCUUACAAUUGUCACAACUUAUAGGUAUGAAAGAAACAACAUUUUACACCGAGAUAUGAUGAUUACUUCUAUCUACAACGUGAUUACUAAGUUUGCCUGCCAAACAUGAGAUAAGGCUGGAUUACCACACUAAUUUAGUAGAAAUUCAAAUACUUGAUAACUCUCAAGACAUAAGGUGUCUCAAUGUAGACUAUAUGACUUAGUAUAAGAUUGUUAGACGGAGGCCACACCACUAAAAGUGAAACUCUUAAUAUGUUUUUUAUUAUUAUUAUUAUUAAAUAAAUAUACCACAAGUAUUUCAAAAUUAUUGAAGUUUAUUAUUGAAUAUCUUUGAUCAUUAUAAUAAAAGCUUUUAAGCAGUUUAAUUUUAAAAAAAAAAAUCCAUCUCCAUUUUAGAUAUUAUUAAAGUUUUCUUGGUUUGGGGAAAAUGUACAUUUUAUUUUUGUCAGAAAGAAUAUUCUAAUUCUUUAUUAGGUAUUAACAAAUAGUUAAAUGUUUUUUUAAGUUUAAAAUCAUGUUUCUUUUGCAUUUUUAUGAUAAUUUGUUCUUAAAAUUAUAUAAAUUGAUAAGUUUGUUCUUAUGUUAUUAUAGGUUCAACACCACCUUCGCAUGAUCAUUUACCAAAUCAUGAUCAGUUAUUGGCUAAGCAAUUGGAAAAACAAGAACGUGAACGUAUGAAACAAAAGGAGCAAGAAGACUUUCAAAAGUUACAAGCUGCUUAUGGUAUGGAUAAUAAAGGCAAUUAUAAUCAGCAGACUAUGACUAAUUUACAAGAAGCUGUAUCUAGUGGUCAGUUAUCAGUUUAUGAUUAUUAUGAAAAAAUAUAUGAAAUAAAAAUGGCUGAAAGUAAAGGACUUGAUACUGGUGCAUCAGCUACUAGAGGUAUGUUUUUAAUAUUAAAAGUAUUCAGAUCUGUCCACAGAUAAAAGAUAUAAAUGGCCAACACAGUCAAAUUCUAAUGAUUGCGAUAGUACUCAUGGUGCAUCACACCUUGAUGCACCAAUCCCAUUCAAAAUUAAGCAUUACAAUAAAUAAAAUAAUAUUCCUUGUAAAGUUUUUCAUAGUUUAUAGACUUAACACAACUAAUCAUUGGUACCUGAACAUUACAAAUCAUAUUUUAUAUUAUGUUGGUUAUUAGAUAAUCUACACAUUUUUUCAUUUACAUGAAAAAAAAACAUUUUCUUUAAAAUUAAUCCCUAUGCGUAUAUCUGUAACCUUUAUUGAUCUAGGAAUGUUAAAGUAUUAUUUAGAUAUAUUAAUAUUAUUCUAUUCUAAGUUCACUUUACUACUAAAAAUGGUAAAGAUUUUCAUCUUAUAUAGUGUUAGACAUACCUAGGGUUUUUACAAUAAAUUUACAUAAGUUAGUAGUUAAAUCCAAAAUCAACUCAUAAGCUUGCUUAAAGAAUUCUAAAAUAAAUAAUCAUAAAUUAUUUAAUAAUCAAAUGUGUUUAUUAUGUUUACUAUAACUUGGGUACUAAUUUUAGUAAAAUAAAUGUAUUGUUAAAAUAGUGAAUUUCCAUAAUAAAAAGUUACGUACUAUAUUAAAUAAAAUACAUAAUUUUAGUACAAAUAUAAAAGAAACAAUUAAUUAUCAAUGGAAACAUAUAUAGCUAAUUCUUAAAAUGUGUGGAAUAGAUCUAUGUUAUUAAAUUAAUUUGCUGUAUACAUUAGAAUAUUUGAUGAUAAAAAUUGCAUGUAAUUUUUAAAUAUUUUCAGUAAAUAUUUUUUCUGGAAUUAGUCGCUCCUUUCAAAAUCUAAAAUGAAAUAUUUUUUUGAAAAUAGUAGAUAUAAUAUUCAUUGGAAUUCAUAUCCUGGUAAAUUACAAUUUACUUUUAAUAACUAAAAUUCAAUUACAUCAAAAUUCACAGUCAUUAAUAAAAAAUAAAUGUUUACCAAAGAAAUAUAAUCAUAAUGCUAACUCACCAGCAUACGCAAUUAAAUAUAAUAAAAUAAUUCAAUUAAAUAAAUUGGGUAAACUUUUCAAAAAUAUGAAAAAUAUUCUAUUAACAAAAAUACAUCAUAUAGUAAGCAUCAAUUAUAAAAUGUAUUUACUAUUUAAGGUAAAUAGGUUUAUUUACCUUAAAUAUUGGUUUAAUGCAUUUAUGUAUUACGUUUUUUAUCGAUGAAUAAAAUAUGUUUUAAAUAAAACUAAUAACAUCUUCUAAUUGUUUUAGAUUUAAUUGAAUAUAUUCGUCACUUCAGUGCAACAUCUCCUAAUGUAAUUGAAGUACAUUUGGCUUCUCCAACUGAUCAUUACAGAUCAACUUACGGGGACAGAGGUUGGGGAUGUGGUUAUAGAAAUAUGCAGAUGUUAAUGUCCAGUAUGCUUUUACAAAUGGACUAUAAUGAACAUAUAUCUAGAGUAUGGGAAGUGGAAAAAGGACCUUUACCACGUGCAUGGAUGCCAUCUAUAUCGAGAUUACAGCAACAUUUAGAAAAAUCAUGGAGCAUGGGUAUUGAUGAACCCGGUAGAGAACAGUUGGGUGGUACAGUAUAUAAUACAAAAAAAUGGAUCGGCGCUACUGAAGUUGUUGCUAUGCUAACUGCUUUAAAAAUUAAGUAAGUAUUUUUAAAUUAUGGUGUUAUUUGUUUUUUCAGUGUUAUACAAAUAAAUUGAUUGAUAUACAGACUGUCCCGCGAAGAUAUUCCCCUUGAAUAUCUCCAGAGUUAAUAAAGAUAAUAAAAUUAUGAUUUUUUUUUUUAUAUUACUUACAGGGAUGAGGACUAUAAAUAUUUAUUUUUGAAUUAAACAUUUUUUCUUAAUAAAAAAAGUUAUUUUAUUUUAUUAUUUUCGGAAAAUUUUAAUGUAUCCCAAAUUUAUAUCCAAUUUGUUUUCUAAGUUACCCGUUAUUGCGUUACGUAAUUAUGUUAUUUCCAAGAUAACAUCGAUUUUCACACGGAUUAGUAGAGUUUAAAACAGCUGUUACCUAGAAACUAAAAGUUUAAAAUCUAUGUGUUUACCAAAAAAAAAAAAAACCUAAUUUGAUUAUCUGGAUUAUCUUUGGAGAUAUUCAAGGGGUAUAUCUUCGUGUGACAGGUUGUAUAUAUUAUAUGUAUUGCAUUAAAAAAUAUUUAAUAUUACAGAACACUUAUAUUUGAUUUCCAUAAAUCAACUGGUUCUAAAAAUAAUCAUUCAGAAAUGUUUCAUUGGUUGUAUGAACAUUUCAGCAAUAGUAGAAAAAAACAAUUUAUUCCUCCUGUUUAUAUUCAACAUGAAGGUAAAUAUAAGUUUCCAUAAAAAUCUAAAUUACGUUAUGUUGAUACAUUGAGUCACUCGAUAAGAUUUGUUUUUUUUUCAGGUCACAGUCGAACUGUUGUUGGUGUUGAAAAAUUAUCCGAUGGCACAAUUUUGCUUUUAGUAUUAGAUCCAAGUGGUCAUUAUGAUAAAUUAAGAACAGAAGGUGGAAUGUCAACUAUGGCACACAUAAGAAAAUCCAUGCAAACAUUCAAGUCUAAGCAGUAUCAACUAGUCACAGUAAGGGGCAUAAUGACAAGUGAUGCAGAGUUUGAAGUAUGUUGCAUUUAUUCUCAAAUUAUAUUCCUAAUUUUAAACUGAACGCCUACAAUUAAAUUUUAUAUAAGCUCAGCAUCUAACAAAAGAGACCUUUAAACAGAAUUUAUGCGCGCAUGUGAUGUAUUCACUUUAUAAAUGUUUGGCAGUUAGGGAUGUUAAUAGAACAUUGAUACUUUUGAAAAAUUGAUGUUUGAAACUAAAAUAAUCUAUCUUUUGUCAUUGAUGGUUUAGUUUUGAUAUUUUGCAUCAAUGUUAAAGCUUUCCCAAAAUAAUGUUGCUUGUCUUCAAUGUAAGGGUAUUCUUACGUACAAUUCCUAUGCAUACAUGAUUCCUGGAAGCUGAGUAGCUAUAGAUUAUAUUUGAUGUUUGAAUAUUAAGUAAUAUGCACUGAAUGUUUCUUUAAUGUAUCUAUGGUAAAGGGCAAUUAUUUCCUUUAUAUUUCAGAUUAACAAUUUUUUCCCAAAUACAUUGAUUUUUAUUUAAACUUGAUAAUACUUAACUCAUAAUAACACAUUGAUGUUCACAACAAAAUUGCCAUCCCUAGUCACUGUACCAGUUUUUGCUGUUUAAAUAUUAGAAUUAAUUGACUCCUUAUCAAACUUAAAAGUAUGAACUUAAUUUGUGAUUCUAUAUUGGUUUUAUUUGGUACAUAAAUUUCUAUGGAAAAUGAAUGUAUGAAAUAUUAUAAUUAUUUAAAAAUACUUAUAUCUCACUUAAAAAUUUAAAUAUCAGAAAAAAAAUGAUGUAAAAUAGAUAAUAUUCAUGCAAUAUAAAGGCGACAACAGCACAUACAGGCAUGAUAUCUUAAUAUAUUAAUAAAUCUCAAAAUAAUGGAAAUUGUAAUUAAAAUGAUACUUUAAGACCAAGUUUUAAAAAAAUUAUAUCAAAACCAAAUAUUGAAAAUCCUAAAUAAAAUCAAUAUUUUUAACCACUAAUUUGUAUGAAAUAUAUUUUGGAUUUUGUGGAUUUUAAGAAACACUUUUCUGAUUAUAAUUAUUUUUAUGUAUUUAAGUAAUAAUUUGUAUUGCCAUUUAGUAAUUCAUAAUUUUAUAAUAAUAUUAACAAUUUUACAGCUAUAAAAAACUUAUGCUUUUGCUAUAAUUUGUAUGGUUUUUUUUUUCAAAUUUAACUUUUAUAUAAUCAUUAGUCAAUAAAUUAUUUUUAUUUUCAAAAGUAGCAGUUACUAUUUUAAUAAUUCAGCAUUUAUUACUAUACAAAUUCAGAGUAUUAAUUGACAAAACAAACUUAUUAGGUACUUGUUUUUGUAAUUUUAUUGUGCAUACAUGUUCAAUAUACUAUACUGGUUUUCUAUAUUUUCGUUGUAUUGUAUUCACAUGAUUUGUUUAUCAAAUUGUCAUAUACAUAGCUUAAAUUUAUUUAUUAUAUUGAAGUUAAAAAAAGAAAGUUUUAUUAUUAUGUAUUAGUAUUUUUAAUUAAUCAUUACAAUUUUUUUUUUAAAAAGUAUAAUUUACAAUAUUUUAAUUUUGCAGGAUUUUAAAACAAUUAGACCUAACCGUGAUCUAUAACAACCAUCAAUAAAUUGUUGAGAAAAGAAAGUUGGUACUACAAAGUUAAAAUAUAUUGUUUUUAUUUUAUAUUUAGUUUAUUUUAAUUUUCUUACACUUACAUUAUAUCUCCAAUUGUCUCAAAUAAAAUUACAGUCUUAAUGUGAAUUAGUGUUAAUACUAAACAAAUUUUAAGUACACCGAUAUUAUGACUUUGAUUAAUGUCAUAAUAAAAUAUUAAAUAACAUUUUUUUUUUUUUCGAAUAAUAAACUUUAUAGAAUAUAUAUAUCUUUCCAAUGCAUUUUAUUUAAUUAUUUAUAUAAAGCACAUGGAAAACAAUUUAUGUUAUGUAUACUAAAUACAUUUAGACUAGAGAAAUAAUUAAUUGUAUCUAACAUGUAAAUUUGUACAAAAUAACAUAAAACAGGUUAGGAAUGCUUACUACUCAAAUAUUAAAACCCAUUUUUCUCAUGCAUUCCUUAUGAGCUUCAAUAAGAUGCUGACAAUUUUCCUCUCCAUUUUCCAUAAUACUGUAAAAAUUAA